AUGGAUAUUUUUCUCUUCGGCCUACCUGCUUUUCUAAGCCUUUUGGCGGCUAUUACAUGGAUAUGGACACUUUACACGAAGGCAAGCAACGCCAAAACCGUUACCGUGUCCCCUAAGAAGAAUAGCCAGGGGCUUCAAUCAAACCCCAACAUCAAGCCCCUUGCAGCGUUCAACUGGGAGACUACGGAGCCACAGAAAUUCCGACCAUUCAAACCAAUCUACUACAUAACCAUGGCACUCCGGUCGACAACUCCGUCCGAGCUCAUAAUAAUCGACCAGAACUAUCAAUCUCGUCUACGGGAUCGCCAAGUGGUAAUGGAAAAGCAUAAGAACCAUACUCUUGGUUGUAUGCCGUAUGGUGUCGAGGCUGUUCAAGAGGUAUACACGUACCUCCUAGGGGAGUAUCUCCCCACGAGAUAUCCUACUCUCUUCACGAGGGACGAGAAAUCCUUUCGGAACAGCGUUACCGGCGCUACUCUCCCGCUCUUACCCCCCGAAGACCCGAUAACGGCGCUCCGAAGCCUCGGCCAGACGGUCGAGGAUGAUAUGUUCUUCCUACGUGAAACACCGGAGGGCCAUCAAUGCAUCGCUUUCGUGUGUUGUUGUCCCAGCGGAUUUGAUCCAGCGGCCAAAAUAGGCAAAUUACUGGUAGAUAUCCACCAACCUGUUCCAUCAUAUGAAAAGAUCGGCCCAAGCAUGGAGAGAUAUUUCAGCCGUUUAGAAGUUGGCAAAGGUGCUUCCCGGGUCAAUUGGUCGGUGACGACAAAUUCCGAGCUGUUUAACAUCUCUACCAACCACGUCCACGAAGGAGACAAAGUAGAGGAGAAUAUGGAUAUUGAUAUUGAGAAGGCCUGGGUUAGAAUGGAAUUACAGACGCUGACACGAAUGCCCAAGACGAGAGCUAUUCUAUUCUCUUUCAAGACCUAUCUAUACCCUGUCAAGGACAUGAAGGCAGAAGGACUCGGACCGGAACUAGCUGAUGCCAUCGAAGGGCUUAAAAGUGGAAAUGCUCCGGGGAUGUGGAUUUAUAAGGGUGGCGUACGAUGGGGUAAAAGCGUGUGCGAAUAUUUGAGAUCGUGA